CCGAAUCUAACGUGGCCCAUCCGACAUCAUCCGCCCUCUGUCCGAAUCAGACACUUGCGGACGCACUCGCACGAUCAACGACCUCUCCCGAGGAGAGGGAGAGAGAGAGAGUUGCAGAGAAUUCUGCGCUUUUGAUGAUGACGGAGGACAUCUGACACCAGCUCUUCCUCCUGUGCUGAAGAAGAACCGAUCCGUCCUUCUUUCCUUCUUUGCUUUCACACACUCUUCUCUCUCUUUCUCCGUGAUCAUUCGCUCUUUCUGGUUUUGAUUCCUUCUGGGUUGUUGUCGAAGUCGUCGGAAACGUCACGGGAACAAGAAAAUGUCAGCGCCAGCGCCGGCCGGCUCGCCUCCGCCUCCGCCACCUGCCAGCUCCACUGACCCUACUCCCUCCGCCCCGCCCCCCAGCACGCCUCCGCCGUCCGCCCCUCCUCCUUCUCCUCCCGCUGCUCCUCCGCCGGCCACCCCGCCUUCCGUGCUGCUCGCCACGCCCCCGCCUGCACUGUCUCCUUCCCCGCCGCUGCCGCCGCCGACGACCCCUUCCCCGCCGGCGCCGACGGCAUAUUUGACGGCGCCAGCGCCGUCAACGCCGGCGCCGACGGCAUAUUUGACGGCGCCAGCGCCGUCAACGCCGGCGCCGACGGCAUUUUUGACCGCGCCAGCGCCGUCAACGCCGGCGCCGACGGCAUUUUUGACCGCGCCAGCGCCGUCAACGCCGGCGACGCCGGUGCCGACGGCGAAUUUGACGGUGCCAGCGCUGUCAACGCCGGCAACGCCGGCGCCGCCCCCGCCCAGUACCUUCCCAACUGGUCUGGUGGUGGGGGUUGCAAUUGGCGUAGCGUCAGUGCUCGCAGUGUUGGCUGUGCUGUUCAUAUUCUGGAGGAAGAAGAGGAGGAGAGACCCCGGUGCCGGGCCUAAAGGUAUGAACUUGGGCAAGUUCUAUCUUUCAUCUCCUUCCUGUGAAUUUAUCCCGUGUGUAGUACAGCAGUACCAUGUAGGAUUUGUUUUCUGCAACUGA